UCGGGAGGCAGGGCAGGACAAAUUGUAGCUCUGACCUCAAGCUUUGCACAUAUGGGAUUUGACUAAUGAAACGAUCAGGGAGAAUCAAACGCCUGGGAGUGGGUCCAGAUGGCUGAAAUGCUGGGGAUCCGUUAAAGGAUCGGCCGAUAUAAUUUUUGCGAUUCACACCUUGAACUGAACAGAUUGCAGCGAGAGCUCUAACAAGGCAGUGCCCACGGGGAAUAAUAGAGGCAGGAAGGGGGUUUGUUAAGAAGGCUGUUAAAAUGAUCUCAAUUAACCUGAUGCUUUUUAAACGACUGCUGCAAUUUAUUUAUUGUCUGUCCCGGUUGUAAGAUGGACACGACUCAGUUGCAGCACUGACCCCCUUUCCAACAAAGUUCCCAGUCAGAAACUACUCCCAAACUAGCUUGUGUCUUAAAGGUGAAUUUCUGGCUUGUUGCCUCUCACAUGCGUCUCCUUGCAGGUUCCUGCUCCCUCCUCUAAUCUCUCUCAGAUGGUUUUUGCAUGUGUUGUGUGACAGCAGGGGAAAGGCAGUGGGCUGAGCCUGCCUGUUCUUCUACCCAUUGUCAGUGGAUGGAAAAACCGUGUGAGAGAUCCUGUGUCAUCUCACUGCAUGUGGACAGGAAAAGUCUGAGUUGCUGCUCUCCAGGCUGCUCUCCUUCCUCUCCCCCUCUCUCUGUCCUUUCCUUUCAUUCAGUUACCUCACAGCACUGAAGCACACACAGACCAGGAUUAGUUUCUCCGACCGGUUAGCAAAGCAGGAGCUUAGAUGAAACAGAUGGAUUUAUAAACUCCAGCGCUGCAGCCUGCCUCAUUCCUGCUUUUGCAUUCACACAUACAUAUACACAUACAUAUACCCAUCUAUACAUAUACAUACACAUACACACUCCAGUUGUGCCUCAUUAUCCCCUGCAUGAUUCAUUAUUUCCCCACAUCACCUGAACUUUCCAAUUUUUCUCCCUUGGCCUGGUUUUUAUUUUUACAAGCAGAGAGGAUGAAGUCUGGAUUCCCUGAAUUUAUUAAAUGAAACCGACCUGAGUCACCUGUUACCUCCAGGGUUUUUUUUAUCCCCCCCCCCAGAUCUGUUGGACUUGCACACACUGCAGCACAAAGCACCAGGCUGGGGUAAGGAGCUAAGGGAUCUGCUUGUACCUCAGCAUGGGCUCUCUGACCUGGAUUGCAUUUCUUUUCUUGGGAGUAUCAUUAACUACAAGGCUGAACUGUCAGAAUGUCAAAAAUAACGUGCCAAGGCUCAGAUUGUCCUAUAAAGAAAUGGUGGAAUCCAAUAAUUUAAUCACAUUCAAUGGCUGGCCCAACAGUUCAAGCUACCAUACUUUUGUGUUAGAUGAAGAACGGGGAAGACUUUAUGUUGGGGCAAAGGAUCACAUAUUUUCAUUUAACCUGGCAAAUGUCAAAGAAUUUCAAAAGAUACUGUGGCCUGUAACAAACAUCCGAAGGGACGAAUGCAAGUGGGCUGGUAAAGAUAUUGUUAAAGAAUGCGCAAACUUCAUCAAAGUCCUUAAGGUUUAUAAUCACACACACUUGUAUGCUUGUGGAACUGGAGCCUUUCAUCCAGUCUGUACAUAUAUUGAUGUUGGCCACUACCCAGAGCAGGAUAAUAUUUUUAAACUUGAAGACUCAUUUUUUGAAAAUGGUAGGGGAAAAAGUCCCUAUGAUCCCAAGCUUUUGACAGCAUCUAUUUUAAUAGAUGGGGAGCUGUAUUCUGGAACUGCAGCUGAUUUUAUGGGAAGAGAUUUUGCCAUUUUCCGCACGCUUGGAAAUCAUCAUCCAAUUAGGACUGAGCAGCAUGACUCCAGAUGGUUAAAUGAUCCAAGGUUCAUUGGUGCUUAUAUAGUGCCAGAAAGUGAUAAUCCAGAGGACGAUAAAGUUUAUUUUUUCUUCCGUGAAAAUGCUAUAGAUGGGGAACACACAGGAAAAGCAACACAUGCACGAAUUGGACAGCUAUGCAAGAAUGACUUUGGAGGCCACAGAAGCUUAGUUAAUAAAUGGACUACUUUUCUCAAAGCUCGUCUGAUUUGUUCAGUGCCUGGUCCUAAUGGAAUUGAUACACAUUUUGAUGAACUACAGGAUGUGUUUUUGAUGAACUCAAAAGAUCCGAAAAAUCCAGUUGUUUACGCCGUGUUUACAACCUCAAGUAACAUAUUCAAGGGUUCAGCAGUCUGUAUGUAUAGUCUGACAGACAUAAGAAGAGUUUUUUUGGGUCCUUAUGCUCAUAGAGAUGGUCCAAAUUAUCAGUGGGUGCCAUUCCAAGGAAGAGUUCCAUACCCUCGACCUGGAACUUGCCCUAGCAAGACUUUUGGUGGCUUUGACUCAACAAAGGAUCUCCCCGAUGAAGUUAUUAUGUUUGCACGAAGUCACCCAGCCAUGUACAAUCCUGUUUUUCCUAUCAACAAUCGUCCCAUCAUAAUAAAAACGGAAGUGGAUUAUCAGUUUACACAAAUAGUGGUGGAUCGAGUGGAAGCUGAAGAUGGUCAAUACGAUGUCAUGUUUAUUGGAACAGAUAUGGGAACCGUUUUGAAAGUAGUUUCUGUUCCCAAGGAGACCUGGCAUGAUUUAGAAGAAGUUCUACUGGAAGAAAUGACUGUAUUUAGGGAGCCAACUGCUAUUGCAGCCAUGGAGAUUUCCACAAAGCAACAACAACUAUACAUUGGCUCGUCAGUGGGAGUUUCCCAGCUCCCGCUACACCGCUGUGAUGUUUAUGGAAAAGCAUGUGCUGAGUGUUGUCUUGCCAGGGACCCCUAUUGUGCUUGGGAUGGAUCUUCAUGCUCACGCUACUUUCCUACUGCUAAAAGACGUACUAGGCGCCAAGAUAUCAGGAAUGGAGAUCCCCUAACACACUGUUCAGACCUACAGCAUCAAGAUGAUCCACAUAGACAAAGCCUAGAAGAAAAGAUUAUCUACGGUGUGGAGAACAGUAGCACAUUUUUGGAAUGCAGCCCUAAAUCACAGCGCGCCCUAGUUUUCUGGCAGUUCCAGAGGCAAAAUGAAGAGAAUAAGGAAGAGAUAAAAGUGGAUGAACGCAAAAUAAAGACAGAGCAUGGCCUUCUUAUGCGCACUCUAAAGAAGAGAGAUUCAGGAAUAUAUUAUUGCAGUGCAGUAGAGCAUGGUUUCAUGCAGACCCUUCUCAAAGUAACUCUGGAGAUUAUUGAUACAGAACAUUUAGAUGAACUUCUUCACAAAGAAGAUGAAGGAGACAAACACAAAGAACCCUCAAACAGCAUGUCUCCAACUCAAAAAAUAUGGUAUAGAGACUUUAUGCAGUUAAUUAACCACCCAAAUCUUAACACAAUGGAUGAAUUCUGCGAGCAGGUAUGGAAAAGGGACCGCAAACAACGUCGGCAAAAAAAUGGAAAUGUCCAGGUUAGCAACACCAAAUGGAAGCACCUACAGGAAAACAAGAAGGGUAGAAAUAGGAGGACCCAUGAAUUUGAGAGGGCACCAAGGAGUGUCUGAUUUAAAUUACCUCUUCAAACCUGAGUAGGAUUUGUAUUGACAUUUAACUGGAAAAAUGCAAUAUUUGAGUACCUUUCUAUGGCAUUAUUUGGAUGUUUACAAGGUGGGGAGCACACACAAUUUCAUAACAGUUCAAAAUCAAAUACAAAUUUCAAAUUGAAAAGACAAUGUGGCUCAGCUUAUUUUGCCAUUUUCAUGGCAAUUCUGAUUGCGUGGUGAUGGUUUUCUUCGUAUCCAAGGAGAAACAUUUCAUUUAUCACCCUGUUACCAAAAUGAGAAUGGAAAGACAUUUGUCAGCCUUGCACACCUUUAUGGAACCACACACUUAACUGCUCAUCCAUCUUAUAAUGAUGACACCCGACAUGGAUACAUGAAUUUAUUUUUUGUAACAGAGCAUAGGCUUAUUUGUAUUAGACAAUGGGACAAAGUGAAUAUACAAGAUACAAUUAAAACAAUAAUAUGUCCACCAUUCAGCAAACAAGUGGCGUUUACUGAUCUACUACUGAUGUCUUUUACCAGCUUUGAUCUGAAGUUUUAUUUUGCUAAAAUAUAAAUUAAAUGUACCUUUACAAAUAUGUAGUAAAUGUUACUUCUUUCUUUUAUAACCAUAGCAUAGACUCACAAGUAUUCUUCUUUGUAAUUAUUUGAACAGUGUCUUUAUUAUUUUCUAAGGUUAUUUUUAUUUUAUUCUAAUUAUUAUUAUUUUGGAAAAUGAUUGUAACUGUAAUUGAACACUUGCCAAGUCUUUAUGGGGAAAAGGAUUUUGGAACUUCCACUUUUAAACUCAAAAAUUUCUAACUCAUUUUGAUUAAGUAGAGGUAUUUAUCACAAUAUUUGGCUGAAUAAUGCAAUAUGUUUCAGAUCUAGUUACAAAUCUAGUAUUACAUUAAGGAUGAGUGUACUGUGGGAAAAACACUACAAAAUAAGUGUGCAAGGAUACUGUGUGCUCUAAGGAUGAAGUUUAAAACAAUUUUGUUUUACAUUAAUGCAUUUAACAUAUUUUGUAAUAUAUUAUAAAACACAACUGAAGUGGGGAAAUGUUGGUAUAUCCUAGUUCACCUAAAGGCACAGACCUCUUGAAAUAGCAUUCAUUUUGAAACCUACAAACUGACAAAUAUGGAUUUCUUGCCUAAAAUUAUCAUUAGGUUGUGUAGUUCGUUAAAAAUCUAUAAAAGAGAAACACAAUUUUCAUGUUUUUGCUUGCAGUCUGUCUUCUGUGUUCUACAGAGACGGCUUGUACACUUGCUUUUAUAACUAACAUCACAGCCUUGCAGUAAGUUUAUAUCAGGAAUGUAUUCCUGUUAUAAAUUAAAAAGUGUCAAAGUGUAGAGUCUCUUUGAAACGGAAACCUGAAAUGUAAUCACAGGGAAUUACCUCAGAAAGUUUUCUCCAUACAGUAUAAGUCACUGUGAUGCCAUUUGCACCUUUUUAUAAACCCACUGGAGCUCAUUCACUAACACUGGGUACAUUUGUCUCAUUGUUGUAACUCAUAGCAACAGAUUUGACGUAAUUCUACAUAUGAAAAUAAAGUAGAAUGUUCGGAUAUAAUUGCUAUGAGCUGCUACACUGGGGCAGUUUAUUUAGUAUCAAUGAAUGAACCCCACUAAUAAUAAUUAGGGAUGGGCAAAUUUUUUCGCCUCGUUUCGCUGAAAAAAUGACGCCCAUAGACUCGUAUGGCAGCGUGCGUCAAAAAAAAAAGACGCGCGUCAAAACAGUUUCACUGCGCGACAAAUUUUUUUUGACCCCCAUAGACUUUAAUGGGCGUCUGCGACAUUUCGCCGGCGGCGAAUUUUUGGCGAAGCGAAACGGGUCAAAUUCGCCCAUCCCUGAUAAUAAUGUAUGUUUCAAUAUGUUAUGCCUUCCUGUCUAAGCGCUUCUUUGUGCACUUCCUAAACCUGUUGCAUGAGAUGUCAUAGCUCAGUCUGGCCCAUUUGAAAUUGGUGACUGAUUGCUCAACAUACUGAAGCUCACUUAAAUAUGCAUACUGCUAUAUUUCCUGGAGUAAAAGCUUUUAUUUUUGGACUAGACAACAUGAUAUAAGUUUGGUGCUAUACCGAUUUGAACGCUUAAAUUUGUUCAUAUGUUUCAAAGCAAGAUUGGCUCAACAUAGCUCUUCACCAAAAUUAUGAGCAUUUGAACUAUUAUUUUGUGCCUUUUUAAAGUGUCCCCAAUCAUGUUUAUUGGUAUUUUUAUGUUUAUACAUAAAAAUAUCCAAACUAGGCACAGUUAUAGUGUACUAGGUUAUAUUGCUAUUUGGCUUUCUACUAUUAGUAGUAAUAAAUUUAGAUAAUUUUCAAAUAUAUGCGGUUGAAAAGAAAGCCAUGGCAAAGUUAUACAUGCACAUAUGUAUAUCACAGAUUCUAAAGAUAUUAUUUGUUUUAAAAGGGGCUUCCGCUUAAUUUUAUAGAAGAGGCCAAUAAACAAACAACCAGCCAAGGAAGUAUACCUUCUCCUGAGACUUUAUAGAAUUGAAGUGCAUGGAGGAAAUUUUUUCUUAAAUUGAAUGUUCCUACAAAACCCUAAUCUGGCAAUUUUAUGCUGUAGUGGACUGAACUAGACUGAAUAUAAGGUCAUAUGGGUUAUCAGUAUGUAGUGAGUAUGCAGACAGAUUGAUAUCACCAGGACCUCAGAGAAGAAUUUUAUGCGCAGUUCUGGUUGGAACAGUUUGCUAAGGGAUACUCAGUACAAGCACGCACUAGUGUAUCAUCAGCAAGUAAAUGACAUACAAAAGGGGCUCUUUGUGCCAGCUAUAACAAUUACUUUAAUUAGAACAAGUUUAAUAAUCGCCUCUUUGAAUGUUUUUUUAAUUAUAUUUGUACUGAGAUGGGAAAGAGAAAUGAAAAGUAAAACAAUGCUGUCACUUCACACUGGGUCAGUUAGUUUCAGUAGGACACACACAUUGGCAAAAUGUUUUUGUUUUCAAUACAAAUUUACAUCUUAUAGUGUAGAUGUCAGCUUCAUCUAACUGGCAUGCAUAAUUACUCUGUAGGUUAUCCGGUGCAAGAUGUUCUGCCCUUUAGCACCAUGUGCAGAACCAACAUGUGAAAAAAGCUUUUCAAAUAACAUUGAAUGGCAUGAUGAGAAAGGCUACUGAUCACAGUCAUAGAUGUGGCUUUUGUUGUUUGAGGCACAUUAAAGGCAAUUUGGCAUACUUAAUAAGAGUCUUUUAUGCUCUUACUGAGGAAGCCGACCUCACAAUUGUCUCUGCAAGUCAAACUGAGACAAGCAGUUUAAGGACUCCACUGUAGCAGUAUGAUGCUCUGAAGAUGUCAAUGAGCAUGAUCUGACCUUUGUCUAUUCCUUUUUGGACGAAAAUGAGACAUGACUAUAAUACUAAGGUUUGCUUGCAGUGAUAUACUGUAGGACAUAAUAAUCGGCUUGUGUUCAAUACCAAACUUUUAGAAGUCUUCCAGCAGAUAUACAUUGGAGCCCCAGUUACUUAUAAUAACUAAGCUAAUGGAAUGAGACUGGGACGUGUCCCCUUUAUAAUUUCCCUUUAUUAAUAAUUUGAGCCAUAUCUGGAUGCAUAAGUACAUUGGCUAUAAAGUUCUCCAGCAGAAAGCACAUACUAUAUAUUAUAACUCAACUUAGUUAUGGGCACAUGUCUCUCAAUGCUAAUGGACCAUGAUAUAAGAAGUUUACCUAAAACCUAAAAUGACUCAAAUCAAUAUUUUAAAAUCAUAUAGGUGGCUUUGCUUACUGUUCAAAUAAAUUGACAAAAUAUCACUCAGGAUCUAAAGCAUAGGUUUAAUUAACACCAUUUUGAUUCAGGUAAGUUCUAGCACAUGGCUAUAGUAGCACAAUGUGGGCUUAUAAGUAUAAUGGCACUGCUGUGCCGGCAUAAUUGUCACUUAUACAAAUAGAUCUCUUACUAAUGUGACCUAUCGUAUGUAGCACAGCUGUAAGGAGUGUGCAAUAUUAGAUGAAGGAUGCAUCUGUUCUAAACAAUUAAUCACUCUGAGAAAUGAAGCACAGUUACAUAAUUCUGAAUAUUGUUUUAGUUAACUCUCUUCCACCAUAAUAUAGGAGAAUAUAUGCUUAUUAGCCACCAUGAACUGUAGUUUCUCAAAAUUGUGUAGACUAUAUAGCAGUGCUUGCGCUAAUUCCAGGUAUGAUAUUUACUGUACAAAUUCAUGGCCCGCUCUGAGUAACUACUGUAUGUAAAGAGCAAGAAAGAAACCAAUUGCAUGUGAAUGAACAGUUUACGACCCAAUUUUAUGCAGUAUUUAGUGAUAUCAAUGGUAUGUGUUUAAUAGUUUGGUUUUGCUACCUAAACUUUAGCCAAAAGAGAUGUAAAUAAUUUUGAAUAGAUACAAAGGUACAACGCAAUGUACUGAUAAUUAUAGGUAAUCAUUUACAAGGUGCUUUAGUACAGUAUGUUUAAUACAGUACUAAAGCUGCAAUGGCUACUACUUACUAUGGCAUGGCAGUGGUAAAUUUGUGGUUUUAGUGGUUUUUCAAUUAGAAAACCAAAAGAAAAAAAAACAGUUUUGUUUCAUUGCUAUAUUUAUCAAUACAUUUUAUGCGGGGGAUUUAAGAAAAAAAAAAAACUGGAGAGGAAUUGUAAUAAGACUUGCUGCUGUAAAUUAUUCUUUUUGGCAUGUACUCACUCGGUUGUUAAAUAAACAUUUCUUCAAAAUUA